AUUUCCCUCUCAGUAAGUCUAACAAUUCCCACCAAACACUUUUCUGUCGUCUGAGAAAGGCUUCAGUAAUCUCUGAACGCUGUAGUUCACUGUGCAUAGUGGCAAUUUCCCUUUCGAAUGUGAUGCAAAAAGUGUGCGAGUCACUUCGUCUCCAAAAGUUGAUUUUUGUGUGAACAGUUCUUUUUUUUACUCUAUAGCGCUUCCAGGCUAUUUUUAGACUCUCUCCCUCAAAUUCCACAUGUGAGGACGCCUUUUUUAUACAACAAAAAUAUUCACAAUUGACCAUUAAGUUACUAAGAAAUCUCGUGCACCACAGUCAAGAUGACUCAAUCAUACCGCAUGAACUUGAAGACGUGCGAGAGAGUUUUCUCAGUCAAGGUGUGAACUCGCACGAGAGUGGAUAGAUUUUCCGGUGGUUGAGAGGAGAAAAAAAAAAGAAAUCGUGUAUUGAUAACAUUUGAAGAAAAAAGACAGACUUAUCAGCAAGACUAGGAGAGAUAUUAAAGGUGGAACACACGAAGAAACUGCCUUCCUGAUUGAGUGACUCAUAUUCCUGCGGAGCUCUCUUCCCCAGCUGACAAAUAGCGCCCCCACACCAUGGUCAUCACGGAAUCCCAAGUCGGGGUGCACGAUCUUGUGCUCCUCGAUGAGUUGACUGAGGAGAAAAUCGUCGAUAAUCUGCGGAAAAGAUUCCAAGCGAAUGUGAUUUACACGUACAUCGGUGAAGUUUGUGUCUCUGUGAAUCCCUACAGGGAGAUGAACAUAUACGGGUCGGACAACGUUAACAAGUACAAAGGUCGGGAACUCUUUGAGAAUCCCCCACAUAUUUUUGCUCUCGCUGAUGCUGCCUAUCGUGCCAUAAAGCAGAAGAAUAGUGACACCUGUGUUAUCAUUUCCGGGGAAUCUGGAGCCGGAAAGACAGAAGCAUCGAAAAUUAUUAUGAAGUACAUUGCAGCUAUUACAAAUCCUGAAAGUCAGGCCCAAAUUCAGAGAGUGAGAAAUGUCCUGAUUCAGAGUAAUUCCCUGCUAGAGUCUUUUGGGAAUGCCAAGACAAAUCGGAAUGACAACUCAAGUCGCUUUGGGAAGUACAUGGAGAUUGUAUUUGACUUCAAGGCAGAUCCUGUUGGUGGUGUUGUGACAAAGUAUCUUUUGGAAAAAUCCCGUGUUAUUCAGCAAUUGCCUGGUGAACGAAAUUUCCAUUGUUUCUACCAACUUCUUAAUGGUGCCAGUGACAAGGAACUCAAAGAUCUCCAUUUAACACGCAAUCCUAGCCAAUUUCACUACACGAGUCAGGGUACAGUGGAUCCCACUGAAAAGGCCAACUUCAAGACCACCCUGGCUGCCCUAACAUCCCUCCAUUUCGGUGCUGAUGAGAUUCAGACCAUCUGGCGACUCCUCGGAGCUAUCCUCUGGCUCGGAAAUGUCCAAUUCAAGAGUGAAGACGACAAGCUUGAAGUGGCGAACCAGAACGCCCUGAAGAAUGUGUCAUCACUCCUGCGCGUCACAGAGAGCGAUCUCCGGCAUGCGCUCACGAGUCGAGUGAUAGCAGCCCGAGGGGAUGUAAUGGUAAAGACUCACAAUGUCUCUCAAGCUGAAUUUGGACGAGACGCUCUGGCCAAAUCAAUUUAUGAGCGUCUAUUUGAUUGGAUCAUUGAACACAUCAAUCGGGGCAUUGCGACGCCAGGAGAUAAAAAUUUACAGAGGUACUUCAGAGAAAUUGGUGUCUUAGAUAUUUAUGGAUUUGAGGUGUUUGACACCAAUAGUUUUGAGCAGUUUUGCAUUAACUACUGCAAUGAGAAAUUGCAGCAGUUGUUUAUUGAGUUAGUGUUGCAGCAGGAACAGGAAGAGUAUCGCCGGGAAGGGAUUGAAUGGACGGCAAUUGAGUAUUUUAACAAUCAGAUUAUUUGUGAUCUCGUGGAGAAGCCACACACGGGUAUCAUUGCAACGAUGGAUGAAGCUUGCCUGAAUGUUGGAAAGAUCAAUGAUGAAAUCCUUUUGGAGGCCAUGGAUAAGAAAUUGGCCGCACAUCCGCACUACAGCAGUCGACAACUGAAACCGAUGGACAAGGAGCUCCAUCACAAGAAAGACUUCAGAAUUGUACAUUUUGCAGGGGAUGUUGUUUACAACAUUGAUGGAUUUUUGGAGAAAAAUAAGGAUACGCUAUUUCAGGAUUUCAAAAGACUCCUCUAUAGCUCUAAGGAUCAGCUACUGAGUCAAAUGUGGCCAGAGGGUGCUCAGGAUAUCUCAAAGAUCACCAAGAGACCUCUGACUGCUGGAACACUGUUUCAGCGUUCCAUGCAGGAACUUGUGAAGCAGCUUAAGACUAAGGAGCCAUUCUAUCUUCGAUGCAUAAAACCCAAUGACAUCAAGGCCCCAUCAAAGUUUGACACGGAUCGUGUAACUCAUCAGGUGAGAUACCUUGGACUUUUGGAGAACGUUCGGGUUCGACGGGCGGGAUUUGCCCAUCGUCAAACUUAUGAGAAGUUCCUGGCACGCUACAAGAUGAUUUCUCAAUACACAUGGCCUAAUUACCGAGGUGCUGGGGCCAAGGAGGGAGUUCAGGUGUUGGUUAAGGACAAGUGUUUCCAUCACGAUGUCAAGUAUGGUCGCUCUAAGAUUUUCAUUCGCAAUCCUGGGACAGUUUUUGAUCUAGAACGGCACCGAAAUCAAAUGAUUCCGCAUAUUGUGACAUUGAUUCAGAAGCACGUCCGGGGAUGGCUUUGUCGUCAGAAGUACAAGAAAAUGGUGGCUGCUUUGACCAUUAUUCGAUACUACAGGAAUUAUCGGCUCAGAAUGUACAUUGAGCGUCUGGCCAAGUUGUUCAGAAAUGCCAGAAAUAUGCCGGACUAUGGAAAGAGUAUUCAGUGGCCGAGUGAGAGGCUAGUACAUCGCGAUGCCAGGAAAAUCCUUCAGGAUAUCUUCAGCAAGUGGCGAUGCUUUAUGAUUCUAAGGCGAUAUCCAAGAUCAGAGUGGCCAACACUUCGAUUGCAAAUCAUUGCAGCCCAUGCUUUGGGUAGGAAGAGACCUCAUUUGGGGCUCAAUCGCAAGUGGCAGGGCAAUUACCUUUCAAUAGCUUCUGAGAAUACGCAGUACAAUGCCUUCAAUGCAAGUGCUAGGACAAUGAUGAAUACGGACAAUUUCAAGAGUAUCCUCUUCUCUGGAUUUGUCAAGAAAUUCAACAGAUUCAACAAGACAGCUGAUCGUGCCAUCAUCAUCACCGAAAAUACCAUUUAUAAGUUAGAUGACGCUAGAGGGAAGUUCCGCAACAUGAAGAGAUCCAUUGCCAUUCGGGAUCUCACGGGACUCAGUGUAAGUCCAGACAGGGAUCAGUUAAUAGUAUUCCAUUCACCGGACAAUAAUGAUCUCGUUGUGGCACUCCAGGGAGAGAAUGGGGCUCUAUUGCAUGAGGAUAGAGUGGGAGAAGUCGUGGGAAAUGUCUGCAAAAGAUAUUAUGAUCUUCACCGCAACGACCUGAAAGUAUACGUUGAGACAUCGAUAUCGUGCCAGUUGGGCAAGAAGGCCCGCAAAUUGAACGUAGAAGUUGUGUCAGCCACAAAUCUACCCGCAUUCAGAAAUGCCGGAAACCUCGUGACAUUCGAAGUGCCUCCAAUAUCCAACUAA